GUCCCGAGUUCGAUUCUCGGAAUGCCCCUUUUAUUUUUAUUUUUUGGAUUUUUUUAAAAAAUUUUCAGUAGGGCGUGGAUAUUCAGUUCAUAGAAUCGAAGAAUCGAGAGAGAAAUGAGCGACGAGAGGGUGAAGAAAGAGGCUAUGGAGAUCAUAGCUGAAUUCGAGGUGCUGCCUCGUCUCGUCGUCUUUGACCUUGAUUAUACACUCUGGCCCUUUUACUGUGAAUAUCUCUCCAAGUGUGAAAUGCCAUCACUAUAUCCGCAUGUCAAAGGCAUACUGCAUGCUCUUAAGGACAAAGGUAUUGAUAUCGCUGUUGCCUCGAGAUCACCAACUCCGGAUAAAGCCAACACUUUUCUUGAGAAGUUGGGAAUAAAAUCAUUUUUUGUUGCUCAGGAGAUAUUCUCAAGUUGGACCCACAAGACUGUUCAUUUUCAGAAACUGAAGCAGAGGACUGGUGUUCCAUACAAUGAGAUGCUCUUUUUUGAUGAUGAAGAUCGCAACAUACAGGCAGUAUCGAAAAUGAGUGUUACGAGUAUUUUGGUGGACGAUGGUGUCGAUCUCGGAGCUUUGAGGCAGGGGCUCACUAAGUUCUCUCAAAAUAGGUCGGCAUUGGAAAAGAACAAGCAAAGAUGGCAGAAUUUUUCAAAAAAACGACCUCUUCAGAAAAUCAGCAAUGAUUUAAAGAACUGCGUACCUGCAAUGACAUUUUCCAGACACUUUGCAGCUCUGCAGCCUUCAGCCUCAACUGCUCACCUUCAUCUUCUACAAGAACUCGUCUUAUGGAUUCAGCAACGACGUCCCGGCUAAAAGAACUAUCUUUGUUCCUGGGAACUUCAUAUCCAGCUUGGUUUUCCACUAUCAGCUUAGCAGUGAGUCCUUGGUCUGAUAUAAAGGGGAGAAGAAUUAGUGGGUGACCAUGAGCAAGAGAUUCAAUACAUGUUCCCCAGCCUGAGUGGAAAAAAAUCCUCCAAUUGCUGGAUGGGCGAGAAUUUUUUGUUGAGGCGCCCAACCGAGAACAACGAGACCCUGGCUCUGAGUACGGCUGGCAAAACCAGGAGGCAGUAAAUCUGAGCUAUCCACACCUUGUGGCUUCCUCAGAAUCCAGAGGAAAGCCAUUUGCAGGUUUCAGGCCAGCUUGAGUCGGUUGAUACAUGCUCGCUCUCUUCAGUAAUCGGAGGAAGUAAGCCAACAGGUAAAACUGGCUUCUUAUAUAGUUCUCGAAUUAUAUUCAAGUAGUUGCCCUCAAACUCCUCACAGCUUCUCACCAAAAUAAAGCUGCUUUCCUCGAUAACCUUUCCUAUACACUCCCUCUGCAUUCUCCUUCGUGUGUGGUUUGGUGUCGCUUUUUGGACUGGGAAGUUGCUUCCCACCCUUGAGCUCUGCUGGCCAACAUGUAAGCUGAAGACACGCUGAAAAACGCAGUGCUUACGCCGUACUUGGCAGCAACUUCUGAAAUUCUGUAUGCAGCAAAGUCAACAACUAUCAGAUCUGGAAUUGCCUUCUGAAGCAGAUGCUCGAAUGGCUCAGCUAACGUGUCGUAUGCUUUGAGGCGGGAUUUUUUUACAAAAACUGACUUCUUCAGAAAAUCAACAGUGAUAUAUCUCCAUCCAUUUUUAGAGGACUGCUUAGUUACAAUGACAUUAGUGGUCCUAAUUUCUGACAUUUGUGCUAAUCUCAUAAUUAAUUGUGUUUAAUCAUUUGAAGGCUGAUUAGUAUUAACAGCAGCCAUCAGAAAGUUGUGUAGAACUUGACUCUGUAUCCUCACUUAUUUUUAAUUUGGAUGAAGGUGAUUAUUUAGUGA